GAGUAAGCCAAGUUUUUGUUGCAAACAUUGCAAAAAAUGUAGAUUGUGCAACUAAUCAAUCGAUACCAUAUAGCGUUCCCAAAACCGUGGGAAUAACUGGCUCCAAUUUUGAUCCUGCAACUGUCUGUAAUGCAAAUUCUACCACGGCCAAUGCUGCUCCCGCCAAUGCUACUCCCGCCAGUUCCGCCACCAAUGUCGCUGGUAAUGCUGUAGCUACUCAACCACCUACUGUACCUCCCGCAUCCAAACCAUCUUCUCCAGCUAACUCCGCUCCCGCAUCAAAAGCUAACUCAUCACCUACCGCAUCAGGAACACUUAAAGCCCCCACUCCUGCUUCAGCUUCAAGUGGCGAUUUUAAUCACCCAAUUUCUAAUUUUGCUGGAUUAUCUUUGGCUAUUAUUGCUGUUGCCUUAAC